AUGAGCACCCAAACUGUCCUCAGAUUGACUGCCCGGGACACUUGGGAGAAGCUUGCCGAGUACCAAGAAUCCGUUCCAUCUGCUAGCAAACAUGAAGUUUUGAUCAAAAUCCGGAGUGUUGCCUUGAACUACCGAGAUGUCGCUAUCUCUACUGGAAAGUAUCCGUUUCCAGUCAAAGACCAAGUCGUCCCUGCCUCUGAUGCAGCUGGCGACGUGGUUGGCGUUGGCGAGGGCGUUUCAGGUUUCUCACAAGGCGACAAGGUCGUCAUUGCAUUUGACCUGGCGACGCUGUAUGGUCCCAUAAAAUCGUGGGCUACUGGUCUAGGUGGACCUAUUGACGGUGUCUUGAGAGAGUAUAUCUCAGUCCCUGUCAAUGCUGUUGUGAAAAUACCGGAGACAUCUACCCUCAGCUAUGCGCAGUGGGCCAGUAUGGUUUGCACUGGUGCUACUGCUUGGAACUCCCUGUAUGGAGUUAAUCCCCUCAAGCCGGGCCAGACCGUUCUCUUUCAAGGAACGGGCGGUGUAUCUAUCACGGGUCUUGUAUUGGCGAAAGCCGCUGGUGCACGCACCAUCAUUACAUCCUCGUCCGAUGAGAAGCUCAAAUAUGUCAAGGAAAAGUACGGAGUCGACCACACGAUCAACUAUAAGAAAACACCCGACUGGGCCGCCGAAGCACAGAGAAUCACCGGCGGUGAAGGCGUCGACUUCAUCCUGGAGAAUGGAGGCUCUGGAACCAUCAAGCAAUCUAUCGAAGCUAUUGCUUACGGUGGUGUGAUCUCCGUUAUCGGUUUCCUCUCUUCGGCGCCGCAGGAGGAGAUGCCAGAUGUUGCGAUUCUGGCGCUGGGCAAGGGUGCUAUUGUUCGUGGAAUUAUGGUCAGUUCGAAGCAGCAACUUGAGGAGGCAGUGCGUUUUGUCGGCGUUCACGAUCUCCCAGUGCCUGUUGAGAAGUCUUUUAAUUUCGGACGUGACUCGGUUGUGGAGGCUUUCAACCAUCUCACGGGAGGUCAGCAUAUCGGUAAGGUGUGCAUUGAGCUCUAG